AUGUCGUUACUAUAUUCAAAGUAAACUAUAUCUAAAACUGAUCUAAUUGAGUCAUUAACAUUAAUAUUGAAACCCAGAUCUUAACAAGACUUUGAUUUAGCCUGCCAAUACCUUGGAUCUCUCAUGAAAAAACAUGCCAAAGAACUCUUUAACAGAUUAAGAUAAAAAAAUUUCGCAAAUUUUGUUGAGCCAACAGCUGAAAAUUUGUUGAACAUUCUCUUUGUAAUCCAUUCAAAUAUUGAGGAAGAGUCAAUUGCAAAAUAAUUAAGAGAACCUGCAAUAUAUUGGCUCUAGAAAGUAUUGGCAGAAAACAAAGAGAGUUUUACCUUGAUGCUAAAUGAGGUAAGCACUCCAGGUUUGUAAUCAAUUAUAACUAAGUCGAACAUAAUUCCAAAAAGUAAUCAAUAAAUUGCAGAAAAAAGAAUAUCAUAAUUGGAAAUUUAAAAUCAUGCAAUCAAACCAUAAUUCUAAGUAGAAUCGUAUUAAAUUAAACCAAAAAUAUUUUGUGUCAUCUAUUACUCCUAUUUGUAAAAAAUAUCAAUCAAUUUAUCUGUUUACAAAUCAAUUAAGAGUCUUCAGUAUCCUUUUGAUGAGCAAGAAGAUACGAAGGGAAAAUUCAUUUGGAUUUAUAAAAUUUAAAAUAUGAUGUUAAUGGGCCUUAAAUUAUUGGAAUGCCAAUCCCAAGUUUUUAAAUUCUACUAAGACUUUAUUUAUCAAAAUAUGAUAUAAUUCUUGAUCUUCAUAAGAUAGGAGAUUGAAUACCUAAUCGAUCAAUAUGCCAUCAUUUCCAAUUUGGAUUGCUUGUCCUUAUAUGAGAUAUAUAUAGAAUUUUUGAGAGCGCAAACAAUAGUAGAGAAGUAUUGUUCGGAUAUCGAUCUAAAGAUAAGACUGAAUACAAGGUAAAUAGAGGAUUUUUUGAAUUUUUCAGUAAGGAUCAGAGUUUUAAAUUAAUCUGCCUUUAAAAAAAGUCUCAAAGUAGCAGGUAGACAUCAAGCAAAUCUAUCUGGCAAUUAAAUGGAAGAUAAGCAUUAAAAAGUGUAGAAUUUUUUCAACAAAGAAAAUAUGGACGAGCCUCAUUUACGAGAUUAUCAUGAGCAAUUGAGUGAUGAAACUCAAGUCACAGAGAAGCGAUAUGAAAAUAAAUCUAGAGAAAAUGAGGUUUAUUUGGAGGUUGAUUCUCAUAGGUUGACUCACAUCAGAGGGGUAAGCACAUUUCAGUAAAGUUGA